GCUAUGCUAGCUAGCUAGCGGAGUUUUUUUUUGCAUAUUAGGUUACCAUUAACUUUCCUCUCUUCACUGUCUCGCCACUAUAUCAAGAGAAAAUAGAAAACGCUCUGCAUGAAGGGCUGAUGGAAAACGCAAGAGAUUUGGUGAGCGCGAUUAUUGUGUUCUGUGUAAAUAUCUGGUGUAAUCCAAUUUCCCCCUUUCUUUGUUGUGGUUGUCAGACUGCAGCAGCUAGUUUAGCUCGCUAGGCAGUAGUAGUGCCAGCUAGUUAGUGUAGCUGCAGAAAAUAAGACAGACAGCUUUAUUCCAGCAUUGCCUGCCUUUCAAUUGUUUUAUAAAGCUAGCCGUUGUUGUUGGCAAGCUGUUGUGCUGCUUCUUCAACAACCCUCCAACCUUCUAGGGCAGCUUGUCCGCUUGUAUAACGGUGCAAGAUCUAGCAGCUACCGUUAACGUUACGUUAGCUGGCUAGCAAAUAAUUGCAAGAAGGCAGGCCCGUCAUGUUAAAUAGACCGCACUGCAGUGAUUUUUGGUGCUGUAUUGGGGUGUCUUGCCGACUUUAAUUCCUGGGAUAUCAGGUCAUGAGCCAGCGCGUGCAGCUGUCAUUUCAAUGUUGUGCUUUUGCAACAGAGGUUCUGAAUAGAAAGGGGGCGGUGCGCCACCGAUGACAUUAGCUAUCUGUUUCUGCAGUGCAAAGCGUUUGGCAUGUACUGUAGCUUGUCACAAUAUGUCGCAGUUUUGAUCACUGAGAACAUAGACUUAUUUUAGUGUGAAAAUUGUAGGUGAGCUACCACUAGAUAUGUGGUGGUGGGUGUUACGGUUAUAAUUGGUUAACAUGUUGAGCUCUGAGCAAUUCCCAUGUUGGUUCAAUGCAGCGCUAUUAAUAGAUUAAUUAAUUGGUAUGUAACUAUUGAAUUGACAUGUUAUACUUUCAAAGUCAACUUCAUCCGAAUUCUGGCCGUGUUGCAUGGAAACAUUGGACAUAGCCUACAUAUUCUCUUGGACCUCUAUAUGUAAGCGUAUCUAAAAAGGUUUAUGGAUGCAGUGAUUGCUUUGCAGUUAUCAGAAAAAUGAUCAGCAGUAGGUUAUCAUGCAAAGCAACCACCUGUAGUGGCAUGCGGGUAAAUGAGACUGCAUUGACUGCACUGUGCUAGCUCUAGCUGACACAAUCCUCUCUCUCCUACAGGCUGAACGGACUGUUCGUUCAGAAAGGAAGAGGCGGGACUCAUUUGGGAUGUUUGAUGGCUAUGACAGCUGCAGUGAGGACUCCAGUAGUAGCUCCAGCUCCGAGGACAGUGAUGAAGAGGUGCCCUCCCUCCCUGCUAGCCUGCCCAUCAUCAAGACCAACGGCCAGGUCUACACCUACCCCGAUGGGAAGGCAGGAAUGGGUCAGUAAUACUGUGGCUGCCUCUGCCUAUUGAACAUAACCGCUGAUGGUGUUAUUACAUGGUUGAACUGAGAUUUUAGCAUUCUAUUAUUUGGCCAUCUCUUCGACUGAACAGUUCUCACACCUCGGUGUGUGUCUGUGUGUGUCUGUGUGUGUGUGUGUGUGUUUCACUCUCAUCAGCCACCUGUGAGAUGUGUGGGAUGGUGGGAGUGAGAGACGCUUUCUACUCCAAAACCAAGCGCUUCUGCAGUGUAUCCUGCUCAAGGAGCUACUCAUCCAACUCUAAAAAAGCCAGCAUACUGGCCAGACUGCAGGUAACAGCUGACUGCACUAAGUCUACUUAUAUUGUCCUUGUAUGUUCCUCUAUAACCACAAUUUUCAACUUGAAUUGACAUUGAAAAGGUGUGAAAACAGGUUGUAUUUAUUUCAUUUUAACUCCUUCCUCUGUGUAUCAUCCUAUGUGUUCUAACAUUAGCUAUGUUUCCAUUAACUGGUCCAGUGAUUUUUUUGUUGUUGUUGACAUUUAGAAAGUUCGUAUAGAAAAUAGAUGCGACAAUUGCCUGCUACAGUGUGUUUCCAUUUAACUCUCUUGUCGAUAAAAACAGCUGGACGUAAGGAAGUAAAAUAAAAAUAAUUACGUGGUUAAAGUGUUUCCAUUAACCAUUUAGGCAAAUUGCGCAUUAAUAAAUUGCUGACAGCCUGGAUGCCCUCCCACCUACAGUGGGGAAAAAAAGUAUUUAGUCAGCCACCAAUUGUGCAAGUUCUCCCACUUAAAAAGAUGAGAGAGGCCUGUAAUUUUCAUCAUAGGUACACGUCAACUAGGACAGACAAAAUGAGGAAAAAAAAUCCAGAAAAUCACAUUGUAGGAUUUUUAAUGAAUUUAUUUGCAAAUUAUGGUGGAAAAUAAGUAUUUGGUCAAUAACAAAAGUUUUUCAAUACUUUGUUAUAUACCCUCUGUUGGCAAUGACACGGGUCAAACGUUUUCUGUAAGUCUUCACAAGGUUUUCACACACUGUUGCUGGUAUUUUGGCCCAUUCCUCCAUGCAGAUCUCCUCUAGAGCAGUGAUGUUUUGGGGCUGUUGCUGGGCAACACAGACUUUCAACUCCCUCCAAAGAUUUUCUAUGGGUUUGAGAUCUGGAGACUGGCUAGGCCACUCCAGGACCUUGAAAUGCUUCUUAUGAAGCCACUUCUUCGUUGCCCGGGCGGUGUGUUUGGGAUCAUUGUCAUGCUGAAAGACCCAGCCACGUUUCAUCUUCAAUGCCCUUGCUGAUGGAAGGAGGUUUUCACUCAAAAUCUCACGAUACAUGGCCCCAUUCAUUCUUUCCUUUACACGGAUCAGUCGUCCUGGUCCCUUUGCAGAAAAACAGCCCCAAAGCAUGAUGUUUCCACCCCCAUGCUUCACAGUAUGUAUGGUGUUCUUUGGAUGCAACUCAGCAUUCUUUGUCCUCCAAACACGACGAGUUGAGGUUUUACCAAAAAGUUAUAUUUUGGUUUCAUCUGACCAUAUGACAUUCUCCCAAUCCUCUUCUGGUUCAUCCAAAUGCACUCUAGCAAAAUUCAGACGGGCCUGGACAUGUACUGGCUUAAGCAGGUGGACACGUCUUGCACUGCAGGAUUUGAGUCCCUGGCGGCGUAGUGUGUUACUGAUGGUAGGUUUUGUUACUUUGAUCCCAGCUCUCUGCAGGUCAUUCACUAGGUCCCCCCGUGUGGUUCUGGGAUUUUUGCUCACCGUUCUUGACAUCAUUUGACCCCACGGGGUGAGAUCUUGCGUGGAGCCCCAGAUCGAGGGAGAUUAUCAGUGGUCUUGUAUGUCUUCCAUUUCCUAAUAAUUGCUCCCACAGUUGAUUUCUUCAAACCAAGCUGCUUACCUAUUGCAGAUUCAGUCUUCCCAGCCUGGUGCAGGUCUACAAUUUUGUUUCUGGUGUCCUUUGACAGCUCUUUGGUCUUGGCCAUAGUGGAGUUUGGAGUGUGACUGUUUGAGGUUGUGGACAGGUGUCUUUUAUACUGAUAACAAGUUCAAACAGGUGCCAUUAAUACAGGUAACGAGUGGAGGACAGAGGAGCCCUCUUAAAGAAGUUGUUACAGGUCUGUGAGAGCCAAAAUCUUGCUUGUUUGUAGGUGACCAAAUACUUAUUUUCCCCCAUAAUUUGCAAAUAAAUUCAUUAAAAAUCCUACAAUGUGAUUUUAUGGAUUUUUUUUCCUCAAUUUGUCUGGCAUAGUUGACGUGUACCUAUGAUGAAAAUUACAGGCCUCUCUCAUCUUUUUAAGUGGGAGAACUUGCACAAUUGGUGGCUGACUAAAUACUUUUUUUCCCCACUGUAUGUGUUUCAUGUCUCAGGUAGCCCACGAAAGCCAGCAUGGAUAUACUGCAAUAAUUUACUAAUAUUUGCCAUAUUCUAAUAAUUCUCAUGUUCCAACGUAUUGCAACAAUCCGUGCCAUAGUGAAACUUGCAUCCAGCCAACCAGAAAAGCAAGGCGAAGCAGUUCAGGCAUUCUAGAAAGUCAGGACAAUCCUUGUCCUGCAAAGAAAACACUUUUUAUAGUUGAACAUUUUUAUUUAGCAAGCAAUAGGCAUUUAGAAUUAAAUGUUGAGUGGAUCUUUUUUGCUUGGGCUACGUAAGGAUAUCAUGUGCCCCGGUUACCUUCAAAAUUAUUUGGCAAUAAAGAAAGUUAGACAAAAGUAAAAUCCAUCCCAGUCGCACUGAUAAAAAUGUUGUUGAUCUUUAGAAAAUGUAUCCUAUAUCUGCCAUUUCCAUUACACACGUUGCAAUGAUUUAUUUUGCAACAUUUGUUGCAUAAACCUGGAACAAUGGUAAGCUGCCUUGCUUGUAAGAUUCUUCUUCCAUCUCUCUCAAUAUUUGUUAUUUUAUUAUUAUUUUCAAAGGGUAAACCACCAACGAAAAAGGCUAAAGUAUUACAGAAGCAGCCUCUCAUGGCAAAGUUGGCUGCCUAUGCCCAGUACCAAGCUAACCAACAGAAUCAAGUCAAGUCAAAAACCGGUAAGUUCCAUGUAAAAGUCCAUGACACAAGAAAAUGCAUGUAUUACCAAUUACAAAUGACAACCAUUACAAAUUACUACAGUAUAGGUGCAAUAGUCUUCAACGAUGAUUCUUCUAGGACUAGAUUGAGAUGAUAUCUUUCUCACUAUAAAUAAAGAAGGUGAUGAUAAUAAGAGAGUCAUUGAUUGACUUUUGUUAUCUCUCAUGACGAUACCUGUGGUGGUUGCAGUGAUUCCUGUGAAAGGCUUUGAUUGGGGACGCUACAUAGGCACCGGCGACAUUAACGGGGCACCUGUCGGCUGUUUCAAACAUGUAAGCAACGCUCAGCUCACACACUCCAAAGGGUUGCUGAUGAAAAGUGACAGUGUAUGGAAGUCAGAACAUGUAGACACAGCCAAUAUGGUAUAUCUUAACUGACAUUAUACUUUUAAAGUAGAGAUCACACUCAGUAGAUAAAUGAUGCAAGCAUUUAUGGUUGCCUCUCAUGGUGAGUACUUAUUAAGGGACUAAUAUUACAAUAAAUACGAAGUAAUUGAAUUUCAGCUUGGGCCUUUCUUGUUUGUAAUAAAGAAGUAGAUUCUUCUAGAUAUUAAGAAUGUGUUGAUUUGUAACCCUGUAAGACUUUUUAUGCUCCAGUACAACGAAACUCAACAGAGCAAGUAUGUUAGAAUAUACCUAAUCUCUAUUGACCCAUCAAAGGUCAUUUUUCACCACAAUAGCUCUUCUGGAUGUUUUGGAAAUACGGUGUCAUUCUGUCUCUGGGGGGAACUCUUGGGUGGCAGGUAUCCUUGCGGUUAGAGCGUUGGGCCAGUAACCGAAAGGUUGCUGGUUCGAAUACCCAAGCCGACAAGGUGAAAAAUCUGUCUGUGUUCUUGAGCAAGGCACUUAAACCUAAUUUGCUCAAGGGGCACCAUACUACUAUGGCUGACCCUGUUAAACACCACAUUUUACUACACCUGUCUGGUGUAUGUGACAAUAAAACAUAUUUUUUGUUGUUUUUUACAUUGUUGAAGCUGCACUAAUUGUCAGGAUAGGUGACCAUGAAGAAUAUUAGCUUGCCAUGAUGAGUUUGGUUGUUGAAAUUAAUAGCAGUCCUUUUUGAGGGGACAUAUUUGUAUUGUCAUGAUGUGAUGAUGUUAUUCUCUAUGUUCAGCGUGUGAUCCCGAGUGUUGUCUUCUCUGCCUUAGGUUCCCAUGGGAACUUCUUGGGGUGACCUUGCAGAAGGGGUGAGGGUAGAGGUGCCCAAUACAGACAGCGGCCUUCCAAUGAAGGUGUACUGGAUAGCAGGAGUUAUCAAAUUAGCAGGUAACAAAGCAGCCCCAGAGAAUCCUCUUCACUCUAAAAUGCACCUGGUUGGAUUCAUAGAUGACGGUGUACUUUCUCUGCAUUCAUUGUUUUCAUCAAACUCUGUUUACACAUGGACAUGUUACACUUAGAUGUAGCCUACACGCAAUGCUUGGAAACAUAGAUACUUCUCUCAUCCACAAUACUCCUAUAAUUCAUUUUUAAGGGUAUUUCAUGGGGGGAAAAUAAUCCGAAAAUCACAAAUAAGGUUGAGUGGUUUUCCUCAUCUUAAAGCACCGCUGUGUUUCUCUUCGCAGGCUUUAAGGCACUACUACGGUACGAGGGGUUUGAUGGUGACUCUGGCAGGGAUUUCUGGUGUAACAUCUGUGUCCCUGACAUCCACCCGGUGGGCUGGUGUGCAGCAGGAGGAAAGCCCCUGGUUCCUCCCAAAUGUAAGACUUAACAGAGGGAAUCACUUAGAAAACACAGGCAGGAAAUUUGUGGCCACAAGGCUACCAAUUCAGUGCUCAUCGAUCAGUAUGUAUGAAUUUGUGGCCAUAAGGUAAAUAAUGAUAAUGCCUUUAUUUUUAAAAGCACCUUUCAUGCAUUACACUCAAGGUUACCAAAUCACUGCUCAGUAUUCUUUAAACAAGGUACUGUAUUUUGUUAUGUAUACGGCAUGCAUAGUCUGUUCUAUGAAAGGUAAUAACAACUAAUUAUAGUACUGCACUUUGUUUUGCCAAGAUAAGGAUAUAUGCUGUGCUACAAGUGGUGGGGCAAGUGUUGAGUCAUUUAUCAUUUCUGACCGGUUUGAGAGAAUCAUUUCUAAUCUUUGCCAAACAUUGUCCGACUGUUUCACUUUAGCCAUUCAGCACAAGUGCACCAACUGGAAAGCGUUUCUCGUGAAAUGCCUGACAGGAGCAAAGACUCUACCUAUUGAUUUCUCCACAAAGGUGAGCUACAACUGUACAUCAGAAGACACCCCAACACCUCACUCAUAGUACAAAUAUGCAUCAAAUAUCAAUGUGAGAAGAAGAAUAUGUUUGUAUUAUGUCCACAAAUGCAACACUAAUAACCUUAUGGCACUACCAGUACAAACAUGCAUUGCAUGUAUUAUUGUAUUGUACACUAGUGACAUAUUCUAUAAUGCCUAACUGGAUUGUCAAGUAACCUUGUAGAAUCCUCACCUCCUCACUCUUCCCCAGGUUCAGCAGAGCAUGCAGUUCCCUUUUAAGAAGCUGAUGCGUGUGGAGGUGGUGGAUAAGACUCACCUGUGCCGGACGCGGGUGGCCCUGGUAGAGCAGGUGAUCGGAGGUCGGCUUCGGCUCGUCUACGAGGAGUGCGAGGACGGCUCGGAUGACUUCUGGUGCCACAUGUACAGCCCACUGAUACACAGCAUUGGCUGGUCCCGCGGCAUCGGACACCGCUUCAAGAGAUCUGGUCAGUGACAUUUUGGGGAGGGCACGCGAGACUAGGCACUUGGGUCUUAAACAUAAGGGUAAAGAUUUAUUUGGGGUUUAAGGACCCAGAAAAGCUCAACAUGGGUGAAACACUUAUAGGCACUUUAAGAUUAGAGUUGUUUCUGUAUGAUUUAUAUUGAGUUGUAGGGUUUGAUUGUUGUCCAUUAAUUACAGACAUUCUUUAUUUAUUUUGGUGUUACAAACGUUCAUAUUAUUGUUUCAGAUGUGUCAAAGAAACUUGAUGGCCAAGUAGAUGCCCCAGGACAGCUUUUUGCGAAGGUUAGUUCAAAUAAAUGUUUCAAUCUGCCACUUGACUCAGUUGAUUUAAGUAUUUUUGUAGUCUUUGACAUUUGUUUGACACGUGGCACAAUCUCUCUUAGGUGAAGGAUGUUGACCAGAGUGGGGAGUGGUUUAAAGAUGGCAUGAAGCUGGAGGCUAUUGACCCUCUGAAUCUAUCAGCUAUUUGUGUUGCUACUGUCAGAAAGGUAAACCCUAUAAUCGUGAUGAGAAAUAUGACUGACAGAGAAAUCAGGGAAAUAAAGACAAAUAAACUUGCACAUGUAACAGUUUGGACACAUUCACGCUCCCUACCUUCUCUCUUUACAGGUCUUGGCGGAUGGAUACCUCAUGAUCGGAAUUGAUGGUUCCGAGGCGGCUGAUGGCUCUGACUGGUUCUGCUAUCACUCCACCUCUCCCUCUAUCUUUCCUGCUGGAUUCUGUGAAAUCAACACAAUUGAACUCACCCCUCCACGUGGUACACACUGAAUUACAUUACAUUGUGUGGUAAAAGCAUCAUCACAAUUGUCUAUUUGAGUUUAUUUGUAGUAUCAAGAGAGUGCACACCACUGAUUCUCACCUCACAGUGGCUAUUUAAAUUGGCCUGCCAGUUGCUGUUACCUGCCAGUUGCUGUUACCAGUUGCUGUUACAGUUGCCAGUUGCUGUUACUAGCCUCAAUAAGUAAGUCUCUUCUCCAGGGUACACAAAACUCCCAUUCAGAUGGUUUGACUACCUCAGGGAAACGGGUUCAGUGGCAGCUCCGGUGAAGCUCUUUAACAAGGUAACCUUGUGCAGCUUUUGGUCUGCUAGCUAUUUUGCCUGUUAGGUCAUUUUGGCUCUUUUACUUUUAUUCUCAGUCUGUUUGACUGAAUUUGUUGUCUAAACCAACUACUUGCUUGUCUAAGUAACUCUUUACAUUUUCACCUGUUGAAUUUAAUCUAUUUGAAGUUUGAUUGUUUAUGCAGUUUGCCUUUCUCAAAUUGCUGGAUUUCUCUCAGUAGUGUAGUCGUUUCAGGAAAUUAGUCUGAAUAAGGAUGACCAAGCGCAUCUGAGUGCGUGAAGUUAAGAAAGACUAGUAGCCCACCAUGUACAAUGUCGCUUGCUUGUAGUUGUAGUGUUAUGAGAAAUUCCCUGAGUCCACCAGCUGAAUGUUCCUUUCUUUUUCUUGACUCUGAAGGAGGUUCCAAAUCAUGGGUUCCGCCCUGGCAUGAAGCUGGAGGCUGUGGACCUGAUGGAGCCCCCGGCUGGGUGUGUUGCCACAGUGACACGUAUUGUACAUAGACUGCUGCGCAUCCAUUUUGACGGCUGGGAGGACGAGUAUGAUCAGUGGGUGGACUGUGAAUCACCUGACCUUACCCUGUGGGCUGGUGUCAACUGACUGGCUACCAGCUACAGCCACCAGCUGUGCUAGGUGAGUUUUUUAAUAUUCUGUUUAUUGGUAUUUCUCAGCAUUUAUUAAAAAAGAUAAAGAUGGUCUGAACCGCUCUAGUCUAGCACAAAAAAACCUUUUGAAACUAAGUCCGAUUUUUCAUUAGCAUCAUCCCCAAAUGACAUUUUACAUUUGAGUCAUUUAGCAGAUGCUCUUAUCCAGAGCGACUUACAGUUAGUGAGUGCAUAAAUUUUUCAUACUUCCCCCCCCCGUAGACAAACAAAAACCUCAACAAUUCUGACAAACUUCAAGCAUGAUUAUGCAAGAAUGUGGCUGGCCAUCAGUCAGGAUGUGGCCCAGAAGUUAAUUGACAGCAUGGCAGGGCGGAUUGCAGAGGUCUUGAAAAAGAAGGUCAACACUGCAAAUAUUGACUCUUUGCAUAAACUUAAUGUAAUUGUCAAUAAAAGCCUUUGACACUUAUGGAAUGCUUGUAAUUAUACUUCAGUAUACCAUAGUAACAUCUGACAAAAAUAUCUAAAAACACUGAAGCAGCAAACUUUGUGAAGACCAAUACUUCUCAAAACGUUUGACCACGACUGUACAUCACAAGAACUCCCAACACCUCACUCAUAGUACAAAUAUGCAUCAAAUAUAAAUGUGAGAAGAAGAAUAUGUUUGUAUUAUGUCCACAAAUGCAACACUAAUAACCUUAUGGCACUACCAGUACAAACAUGCAUUGCAUGUAUUAUUGUAUUGUACACUAGUGACAUAUUCUAUAAUGCCUAACUGGAUUGUCAAGUAACCCUGUAGAAUCCUCACCUCCUCACCCUUCCCCAGGUUCAGCAGAGCAUGCAGUUCCCCUUUUAAGAAGCUGAUGCGUGUGGAGGUGGUGGAUAAGACUCACCUGUGCCGAACGCGGGUGGCCCUGGUAGAGCAGGUGAUCGGAGGUCGGCUUCGGCUCGUCUACGAGGAGUGCGAGGACGGCUCGGACGACUUCUGGUGCCACAUGUACAGCCCACUGAUACACAGCAUUGGCUGGUCCCGCGGCAUCGGACACCGCUUCAAGAGAUCUGGUCAGUGACAUUUUGGGGAGGGCACGCGGAGACUAGGCACUUGGGUCUUAAACAUAAGGGUAAAGAUUUAUUUGGGGUUUAAGGACCCAGAAAAGCUCAACAUGGGUGAAACACUUAUAGGCACUUUAAGAUUAGAGUUGUUUCUGUAUGAUUUAUAUUGAGUUGUAGGGUUUGAUUGUUGUCCAUUAAUUACAGACAUUCUUUAUUUAUUUUGGUGUUACAAACGUUCAUAUUAUUGUUUCAGAUGUGUCAAAGAAACUUGAUGGCCAAGUAGAUGCCCCAGGACAGCUUUUUGCGAAGGUUAGUUCAAAUAAAUGUUUCAAUCUGCCACUUGACUCAGUUGAUUUAAGUAUUUUUGUAGUCUUUGACAUUUGUUUGACACGUGGCACAAUCUCUCUUAGGUGAAGGAUGUUGACCAGAGUGGGGAGUGGUUUAAAGAUGGCAUGAAGCUGGAGGCUAUUGACCCUCUGAAUCUAUCAGCUAUUUGUGUUGCUACUGUCAGAAAGGUAAACCCUAUAAUCGUGAUGAGAAAUAUGACUGACAGAGAAAUCAGGGAAAUAAAGACAAAUAAACUUGCACAUGUAACAGUUUGGACACAUUCACGCUCCCUACCUUCUCUCUUUACAGGUCUUGGCGGAUGGAUACCUCAUGAUCGGAAUUGAUGGUUCCGAGGCGGCUGAUGGCUCUGACUGGUUCUGCUAUCACUCCACCUCUCCCUCUAUCUUUCCUGCUGGAUUCUGUGAAAUCAACACAAUUGAACUCACCCCUCCACGUGGUACACACUGAAUUACAUUACAUUGUGUGGUAAAAGCAUCAUCACAAUUGUCUAUUUGAGUUUAUUUGUAGUAUCAAGAGAGUGCACACCACUGAUUCUCACCUCACAGUGGCUAUUUAAAUUGGCCUGCCAGUUGCUGUUACCUGCCAGUUGCUGUUACCAGUUGCUGUUACAGUUGCCAGUUGCUGUUACUAGCCUCAAUAAGUAAGUCUCUUCUCCAGGGUACACAAAACUCCCAUUCAGAUGGUUUGACUACCUCAGGGAAACGGGUUCAGUGGCAGCUCCGGUGAAGCUCUUUAACAAGGUAACCUUGUGCAGCUUUUGGUCUGCUAGCUAUUUUGCCUGUUAGGUCAUUUUGGCUCUUUUACUUUUAUUCUCAGUCUGUUUGACUGAAUUUGUUGUCUAAACCAACUACUUGCUUGUCUAAGUAACUCUUUACAUUUUUCACCUGUUGAAUUUAAUCUAUUUGAAGUUUGAUUGUUUAUGCAGUUUGCCUUUCUCAAAUUGCUGGAUUUCUCUCAGUAGUGUAGUCGUUUCAGGAAAUUAGUCUGAAUAAGGAUGACCAAGCGCAUCUGAGUGCAGUGAAGUUAAGAAAGACUAGUAGCCCACCAAUGUACAAUGUCGCUUGCUUGUAGUUGUAGUGUUAUGAGAAAUUCCCUGAGUCCACCAGCUGAAUGUUCCUUUCUUUUUCUUGACUCUGAAGGAGGUUCCAAAUCAUGGGUUCCGCCCUGGCAUGAAGCUGGAGGCUGUGGACCUGAUGGAGCCCCGGCUGGUGUGUGUUGCCACAGUGACACGUAUUGUACAUAGACUGCUGCGCAUCCAUUUUGACGGCUGGGAGGACGAGUAUGAUCAGUGGGUGGACUGUGAAUCACCUGACCUCUACCCUGUGGGCUGGUGUCAACUGACUGGCUACCAGCUACAGCCACCAGCUGUGCUAGGUGAGUUUUUUAAUAUUCUGUUUAUUGGUAUUUCUCAGCAUUUAUUAAAAAAGAUAAAGAUGGUCUGAACUCGCUCUAGUCUAGCACAAAACAACCUUUUGGAAAACUAAGUCCGAUUUUUCAUUAGCAUCAUCCCCCAAAUGACAUUUUACAUUUGAGUCAUUUAGCAGAUGCUCUUAUCCAGAGCGACUUACAGUUAGUGAGUGCAUAAAUUUUUCAUACUUGCCCCCCCCCGUGGGAAUCGAACCCACAACCCUGGCGUUGCAAGCGCCAUGCUCUACCAACUGAGCUACAGGAGACCUUGACUGUAAUCUCUCAAAUUACCAAAACUACCAAUACAGGUAGAACUGCUUUGAAACAACUGCCAAUAAACAAAUGCAAAACAAAAACAACCAAGAGAGACAGUCAAAACAUCAAACUUAAUUCAACCAAAACACAAACAGAAACCUUCAGAUAACCAAAACACUGCGACUUUAAUGCAAACCUUUAAUCUGAAACGAAUUCUAUUAAUGUAGGAAAAAUGAGCUAAAGCAGUGCAUUUUUUGAAUGAGGUGAGACGAGCUGUGCUGCACGAAUGUAUGAAUGAAUGAGUUGUUCUCUGGUUUGUGCUUUUUUUCAGCCUCUAGAGAGCUCCCUCCGAGUGUGACAAAACAGAAGAAGAAAUCCCAGCAGUACAAAGGCCAAAAGAAAAGUGGGUCAUCUGUCCCCUUGUUUCGCCCCGUGCCUCAGCCCCCUCCCCCUGCAUCCUCUGCCUCUCGUUUCUGCCCCUGUGCCUACGCCUCCUCCACUGCACCCUCCCCUUUCCCUCUUUCUCUCUCUAUUUAAGGGCAAAGCUGCACUCGCCACAGCUUUUCACGGUUCUUGCUCUGCGGGCAUCUCUAUUCACACCAAAACAGAGCAUUGAAACCAAGUCAGAAACCUCCUACAACGGAUGGAUUUUCAUACCAGUGUGAAGCUGUUAUUAAAGGAUGAGACCUCAGGCUAAAGACAAAUCUUCAAUGACUGCAAUAAAAUACAAAUUAUUUGAUUAUGUAGGCCCAUAGUGUAGAUCUUUUUAUAGUGUGCUUGGUUUUUGUGUUCAUUCAGUCUACAUCAAGCUUUUCCUGAAUACCUUACAUUUCUAAGACAUUUUUACCUAGAUUUGAAUAUUGACAUUGUACCUUAUUAAUGAUUUAAUAACACAUAAGUAACUGAAGAAGGACUGAGCACGCCCCCAUUCUCAUCGACGGGGCUGUAGUAGAGCAGGUUGAGAGCUUCAAGUUCCUUGGUGUCCACAUCACCAACAAAAUAUCAUCGUCCAAACACACCAAGACAGUCGUGAAGAGGGCACGACAAAGCCUAUUCCCCCUCAGGAGACUGACAAGAUUUGGCAUGGGUCCUCAGAUCCUCAAAAAGUUAUACAGCUGCACCAUCGAGAGCAUCCUGACUGGUUGCAUCACUGCCUGGUAUGGCAACUGCUCGGCCUCCGACCUUAAGGCACUACAGAGGGUAGUGCAUACGGCCCAGUACAUCACUGGGGCCAAGCUUCCUGCCAUUCAGGACCUCUAUACCAGGCGGUGUCAGAGGAAGGCCCUAAAAAGACUCCAGCCACCCUAGUCAUAGACUGUUCUCACUGCUACCACACGGCAAGCGGUACCGGAGCGCCAAGUCUAGGUCCAAAAGGCUUCUUAACAGCUUCUACCCCCAAGCCAUAAGACUCCUGAACAGCUAAUCAAAUGGCUACCCGGACUAUUUGCGUUGUUAUUUUACUGCUUUUAUUUUUUACUUAUCUAUUGUUUACUUAACACUAUUUUUCUUAAAACUGCAUUGUUGGUUAAGGGUUUGUAAGUAAGCAUUUCACUGUAAGGUCUACACCUGUUGUAUUCGGCGCAUGUGACAAAUAACAUUUGAUUUGAAGUAGUCACAUGUCAAAAAGAGCAAAGGCAUAAGAAACAAGAGAAGGCAACAGCAGAGCUGAUUAAUCAUUUUACCUUUGUCUGGGUUUUUAGAGAGGAAGUUCCCCAUUGGUAAGAGGCCAGUAAGUUUGUCGGGGGUGGCAUUGAGUGGAGUGCCCCAGAGGAACCUAUCUGGAGACGAGAACAUGACCCCGCCAGACUACCCAUCUCCACCCACGCCAGCAUCUGCCUCAGGGACUGAACAGCCUCCCUCGGCAGCCCAGGAACUCAGCCCCAAUGGAAAGCCAGGUAACCUAAACCACCCCGCCAACUGAACUCAAAUUAGAAACCCAUGUUAAGCCUGGUAGUUGGGUAGGGAUGUCCUCUACUGAAACAUAAUGGUGUAGUAGUCCAAGUACUCUACCCCAUCUCAGCAUCAACCAUAUUGAACAAGGCAACCUAUUUUCUCUUUUAUCUCCUGAGUUUUAUAAUGAAUCUCUCCUACUUCUCUACUGUCCCUCUUUCCCUUCCCAAGGGGUGACGCUGCAGCUGAAGGAGGAGGUUCAGGAGGCGGACGAGUUCACCUUCCCGCAGGGCACAGCCUCCGACCUGGAGAGCAACGGCUCCGGUGGCAGCUACUACAUCAAGCAGGAGCCCUGAGCCUCCAUGGGGCACUGCUGCACCCACCCACCAACAGAGGGCCAACCUGGGGGCAAGAAGGAGCCAGUCCACUCCUUCUCCCUCCACAGCACCAGAGACCAUGGGCCCUGUGUGACAUCCCCACAACAUUAACAUGGAAGGUCACCAGGGGUCACCAAGCUGUGCCCAUAGAGAGACUCGGGACAGAGUGGCUCAAAGACUAGUUCCAAACAGACAGCGCAAAUGGGGAGAGGAGCGUAGAAAAGAAAAAGAGAGGUGCGUGAACGACAAUAACAUUACGUUUCAUUUCAGUGUUUUGUACUUCAACAAAAACGUUUUUGUACGAUUUUCAAAUCCGAGAUCUUUUUGUGCAUCUCUCGUAUUCGUUACUUUGAGGUAGGGUAAUGUUUCGAUGGAUAAACUGUGUGAUGUUUGUGAGUAUAUAUAAUCAGAUUUUCCAAAAAAAAACAGGGUGUAUGUAUGUAGGUAUUGAAUAGACUAAACCUUACUGGUAUAAAACAAUCACUCAGAUAUAAAAUAGAAACACCACCAAUCAGCUUCAUACCAGUUCCACACAUUCAACUAAGAUUUGAGCAGCCUUACACAUUCUCUGAAUCUUGCGUUCCAUUUGUGUGAUAGCCAAUCAUGACCGACAGCUAUCACUGGGACAUUACCAAGGAGAAUGUGGUAGAGUUCCCAAAUCUCUAGUUGACCCUUUUCUCACACUAUAUUUACCAUGCCUUAUUUAAAGUAUGUUUACAAAUAUUACUCCUCUUGGCCAGCUGAUUGCAGGCACAUUUUUGUCAAAUCUAAAAAAUUAUACUCUAUGAAAAACAGGUCAUCCACCAUGGUAAUAUUGAGUUCUAUCACAGUUUACUACACAAUGAUAUGCAAACCUUGACUCUUGUGUCAAAUAAUACUGAGAUCUAUCUGAAAUGUUCUAUAUCUAAUGUAUAGCAGUAUUCUACAUUAAUUAUGUCAUAAUUCAGAGCGAUACUAUAAAUAGAGUAGAGUAGAUAUUCAAGCCACUGAAAUAGUUGGGCUGUUGUUCACUAUCAUCACUUCACUACCAUCAACAACAUGAGAACCAUUUAUCUAAAUAGAGAAUUUACUGCCUUUGUAAAAGAAAAUCUUCAAAAUCAUGCUAUGUUUGCUCUACCUCUUUUAGAACUUUAAUGUAAUCUCCUGUUGCAAGGUAGUCAGAUUCUGAUCAAACCACACGUAAAGUUGAUUUUCAUGACAAUUUAAAUCACUUUGACAGCUGUGUGCAUAUUUCCUAGUAAGUGAUUGGUAGGCCUGGGCUAAAUUGUCACACUCACCGACUCAUGAUCAUACAAUUUAUUCAUAGGCCAUCCUUUCAAUGGGAGAUAUUAAAUGAAUGUCAAUAUUGAUUUAUAAAACAAAAUAUAUCACAUUAAAUGUGUAUUUAUGAACAAAGCAUACAGUAUAUAACAGCCAAUUUACAAACAUGAUAUGGUGAUUUAUUUUGUGCCAUAUGAGAAAUUAAAGAGGGAUUAUAAUCUACAUACUAUAUACUAUAUAAAAUAGUGACUGCACUCCAUUGUCUCACUUUAUAUACCAGUAAGGUUGACAAUUUACUCUCAGGAAAUCUUAGCGUAUUGUAUUAUAGGCUUCUUCGUCGUUAUGGUUAUUGAGAAAGGUGUUGUCAUUGGCUGUUGGCAUGCUGAAAUUAGGCUUCGGAGAUUGAUGUGGUCAACAGUAUUAACAAAAUGUGUUAGUCCAAGAUCAGUCUUAAAGUAAAUGUCACUUGGUAAACCAUCUCACUAAUGUAGACCUAUCUGAUUGUGAUACAAGGUCCCAUUUUAAGUGGAUUUGUCAUAUAUUCUGUCGCUCUAGAGGUAGGAUUACCCGUCUGUAUGUCACUGUUUGAUAAUGUGUAGGUGUUUGUUUUGAACUUUUUAAAUUUUUUUUGCAAAAGUGUUCAGUUAAAUGUUAGCUCUGUCGAUUGUCUUACUGUUGUUACUGUAUGUUUCAAUGUCUGGUACUGAGUGAAACUCAAACUAGUAUUACAGUCUCAAUUCAAAUUGACAUUUUACGCGUUGGCUGGUGUAAACCAGCUCAGGUGACCAUGGUGAUGUCAAAGAUUGCCAAAGGUCACUGUCAAGCAAUAACGUCUUAUCACAGUACUCUCCUAACGUUACAUUUCACCCUAAAUCUCAUAAUAAUGAACAAGGUUUGACAUGCACACAAUAGCUAAAUAUAUGGUAAAGAGGCGUAUGUUUUGCAAAUACCCCUCAAUUUCACCCUACAUUAGGUUUGGGAGACGCAGUGAGAUCAUAAGCUUUUAGCUGUACUUUCACUCAAACUUCAGACUGUGCAUCAAAGACCGAAUGGUGGAAAUAUACAUUACAUUAUGUUAAUAAUUUAUAUGGCAUGACUGUUUUGAGACGACAAACCUUGUUUCCGUCGUCCUUGUAACACAAAUGUUAGACAUGAGAAUUCAUGGUAUUUGAAUGAAGAAAAAAAGAAACACACAAAUGGACUCAAUAUAGGGCUACACUAUUCUGAUCAUGACGUUAAUUGAUUUCAAAUGCAUUAUUUCAUCAAUAUUAUAAUCAAUAUAAAAGAAACAAGACUAGAGGGUGUGUUUGUUAAAACCAAAAUAUGUGCAUGCAGCAGUGUGAACAUCAUGUCCUCUUGGGCUUAAUUGGUUGGUCUUGGUUUAUGUAUAACUGUUGGUCUUUGCACUAACACGGGUCUGUGUGUAUGUGAGCUUGUUGUUUCUAAUGUGAAACCCCUUCAUCAUAGUCUUUGUAUUCUGGUGCUAUAUAUAUAUAUAUGAUAAAGUCAUAACCUUUUGUUAAGAAUGAAAUGAUUUUCAAAAACUGUGACCAUGGUGAAGAAAUUCAGUUCUCUUCUCGUAUUCUCGUAUUUUGGAUACAACUAAAAUGAAAGAUUUGUAUUGAAUUAACUGUCAAAACAUUUUCUUUGCAUGGCACUUGUGGGAUAAAUAGGGAUUUUUAGCGUUUUCUGUACGUUUUUUCUUCGUCCAAGUAUAUCGUUUUUGUUCCUUGGUUUCCAUGGUAAAUGUGCUGUGAACAUGAAGUUUACUAAGCUACAGUAUAUCAAAUACAAAAGAAAAAAAAUAUGUAUUUGAAGAAAGAUGUUUACUUUCAUUUAACAUUUUUAAUGAAUCUUGCAGCAUGUUUGUGGAAAAGCAUUAAUGUAAAAUAAAUUAUUCAUUUUACUUUUUUUACACUGCAUAAAAGUACAGUAUUGAAAAGCCAGUGCCCAUUGUUUCGUUGACUACACCAUUAAAGGGAUACUUCAGGAUUUUGGCAAUGAUCUUGCCUUUAUCUACUUCCCCAGAGUCAGAUGAACUCCUGGAUACCAUUUUUGUGUCUGUGUCCAGU